AUGGGAAUAUUCACCUUAAUCACGAUACUUCUUGGCGCGACUGCUGCCGCACAUGGGGUGAUUAGGAAUCCGCCAUCCCGAGUUCUAGGACCAUCUAUGACUCGACUUUGUGGACAAACCGCGUUCGAUAUCGCCAGAGGGGAUGUUACCGCCUCACUUGAGACCGUUGCCCCAAAUAUCACGGCUGGAUGCCCUCUCACACUUUGCCGUGGGCACCAGUUCGACGACAAUCUGGACAAGCUCUCCGUCUUCCGACCCGGUCAGAUUGUCCCGAUGAAGAUUGAACUGAAUAUCCUGCACGGAGGACCGGCCAAUGUAUCAAUUGUGAAGACUGCAACGAAUAGCAUGAUUGGACCCCCUCUUAUUCUAUUUGAAGAUUACGGGAACAGGGACCUGCCUGCGCUACCACCGAACAAUACAGACUUUGCCGUAACGAUGCCCACCAACUUGGCAGACACGGAUUGCCGGGUGGCAGGAGACUGUGCUCUGCAAUGGUUCUGGUCCACAAUUGACAACCAGACCUAUGUGGGCUGUUCGGAUUUCAUUCUGUUCGGACAUUAG